AUGUCUCCCCAACACGCCCACCAGUCUAUGGGUAUGGCAAGCUUUGGACACCACACAUCAUCACGAUUUGCACCCAUACCUAGCCAGUUUGCAGCCGCUCAGCCUGUUCGACCUGCUGCAGCUGGUAGAAAGCGUUCCCGGGACGAGGCUUCCGACAACCUUGAGCCUGACAUCAAGUCCCUGCCUGCUGAAGAGCCUGAAGAGGAAUGGAUUUACGGCCCCGGCAUGACCCUCAUUAAGAAGAGCACUGGCUAUGUCACAGAUGCGAGCAGCCAAUCAGGAACAUGGGUUGAAGAGAAGAAGGCCGCUGAGGAAGCCGCGAUCAAAGAGGCACGUUCUCUGAUCAGAAAUCCCAAGUUGCAGCGCGUAUCCCCUACUGUGUCGAGCGCUCCCACAGCUGCAUUCUCUCACCCGAAAAACGACUCCAAGCCUGCCAGCGAGGGACCCAUUGUCGAUAACUUUACUAUGCACCUCGGCAUUGGCUGGCGAAGAAUCAGUGAACAAGAUCACAUCCAACAAGCUGCCCGUGGUUGGGCUCGCUACAUAGAAAACCACUUCCCUGUUUCCAACGCCAGAAUUCUUCUCGAGAGUAGCGGCCUACAAUCGUAUUUCGUGGAAACCAACGAGGGCUUCUUCCUGUUUGCCGAAAACCUACGACAAGGACAACUUGUUAGCCAGACAGCCGAAGGAGCACUUCGAAAUCUCCAGUGCUCCCCACCUAUUUUUGACGGCAUGGACGUUCUCUCUGCUGCUGAGUCUCCUCGACCAGCUAACGCUAUCCCUGAUAUGGAUAUGAGAAUGGACUAA